CCGCCGCGCUACCAGAUAGCCAUCCGAGCUUGUUUCCUUGGCUUUGUGUUUGGCUGUGGCGUGCUGCUAAGUUUCAGCCAGUCUUCUUGGAACCACUUUGGCUGGUACAUGUGCUCCCUGUCAUUGUUCCACUAUUCUGAAUACUUAGUGACAGCAGUCAAUAAUCCCAAAAGUCUGUCCUUGGAUUCCUUUCUCCUGAACCACAGUCUGGAGUAUACAGUAGCUGCUCUUUCUUCUUGGUUAGAGUUCACGCUUGAAAAUAUCUUUUGGCCAGAACUAAAGCAGAUCACCUGGCUCAGUGCGAUGGGGCUGCUGAUGGUGGUCUUUGGAGAAUGUCUGAGGAAGGCAGCCAUGUUUACAGCUGGCUCCAACUUCAACCACGUGGUGCAGAAUGAAAAAUCAGAUACCCACACUCUGGUGACAAGUGGAGUGUACGCUUGGUUCCGGCACCCUUCUUAUGUUGGGUGGUUUUACUGGAGUAUUGGAACCCAGGUGAUGCUGUGCAACCCCAUCUGCGGCGUCGGCUAUGCCCUGACGGUGUGGCGGUUCUUCCGCGAUCGAACAGAAGAAGAGGAAAUCUCAUUAAUUCACUUUUUUGGAGAAGAGUACCUGGAGUAUAAGAAGAGGGUACCCACAGGCCUGCCUUUCAUAAAGGGAGUCAAGGUGGAGCUAUGACAGGCGGUGGGCCAGGCGGGACAGAACUCCUUCUGGUCGGCCACUCUGCGGGAUGCAUUUUCUUAAUCAUUUUAUAUGUCACUAAUCACUCUUCUGGAAUGUCACUCAAGACUGAAUGGUCAGAAGGCCUUAGGACCACAGGACCUGCCAGAGCAAUCAAUUCUUGUACUGAAUCAAGGUAGGACGCAACUGAAAGAUGAACAAAGCCGAUCACAGCAAUAUUCAACAGCCCUCAAGCAGGCCAUGCCCCCCGCCACGAGGCCGCGGGCUGGGUUCUAACCAGGACUCCUUGGGAGAGGGGGCUCCGCCGCCAGUAAUGCUUCUGCUGCAGAAAGGGGCAGUGGGCAUCGCUGCUUAUCAGCAUUAAAAAUACAUUUAAAACCAUCCAUUUAACCGAAAAACACAAACAACACAGCUUUAACCUCUUUAUUUCUGUCCUUGAGUGCAUGAACAUCUAUAUAAUUUUAAAAAUACUUAUAUGACACUUUGGCUCUUCAUAUAUUUAAUUGUACUUACAUAUCUUUUUUAUAAAUAGCAGUAUAAAUUCAAAGGUGAUUCACCUGGUGUUUCUAGCUCUAAGUUUUAUUCAGCAGCAAGUAAGCAGAGACACCUCUAGAUUAUUUGGCCGAGUGGCUUUGUGUGACCAAGAUACCCCAGGCUAGGGGGCCGUGGACCCCUGUGGACUUCCUGGGGGUCUUGGCUCCUGCUCCCCUCCUGUUACUGGCGACAGAUGGGUGAAAGAUGUGUCAUUUUUCCUUUAUCCAAGAAGUGCUUACUGCAUGCCUGCCCUGUACGAGGCGGUGUGAGAGGUUCAGAAACACUGCUGUCCCUUCACUUGGGAUUUUAUUCUCAUUUUGCCAUAGCUCGUAUUUUUGUGUUUCAUUAUAAAUCUAUGGUAAUAGCUUGUUUUCUAUGUUCCAUUCUCAAAAUUAUAUCGUCCCUAAUGCUGCUUCCAACAGUCUUUUCCAAGGCGUUUGAGCAUAUUCAACUACAAAUUCAAGCAAAUAACUCUCAAAAAUAGUCUUAAAUGGAGCAAAUAAUCCCAUCCAAGAUUCAGUCAGUGUUCUUUUU